GCGUGUGUUUGCCCCUCUACAACCACCAUUACGACUGACGAUACGCACGACACAUAUAAUGGCGGACAGACAGACACCUUUCUCAAUCAGCCUCUUCGGCAGCCAAGCCGGCGAUGGGCCCGGCGAUGCAGCUGCGCCCUCGCGCGUACACCAAGCGCUUGUCGACUUUAUUAUGGACUUUACCCUCGACAACAUCUUCGUCUACAGAGAUCAGAUUCGCGAGAAUGUUCUCUUGAAGCAAUACUACUGCGACAUUGACGUCGCGCAUCUUAUCAGCUAUAGCCCAGAGCUUGCACACGAUCUCAGACAGAACCCGGCAGAGAUCAUACCUCUCUUCGAGUCGGCAUUGAAAACGUGCACACAACGCAUCGUCUACCCCUCACAAAAGAACAUCCAGCUCCCAGAACACCAGCUGCUCCUCCACUCGAACGCUUCAGAACUCUCCAUCCGCGACCUGACCGCGACCAACGUCUCGCAACUCGUUCGCAUACCCGGUAUCAUCAUCGGCGCAUCCACGCUCUCGUCCAAAUCUACCGCACUCGCUAUACGAUGCAGGAAUUGCCAGCACGAAGAGAUUCUGCCUGUAUCGGGUGGCUUCUCCGGUGUUUCCCUCCCGAGGACAUGUGGCAGGAAGAAGGGAGAGGGCGAGCAGGGAGAACAAUGCCCGCUGGACCCUUACUAUGUCAUGCACGAGCGCUGCCAGUUCAUUGACCAGCAGGUGCUCAAGCUGCAAGAAGCGCCCGAUCAGGUUCCGGUCGGUGAAUUACCACGACACAUCAUGAUCUCCGCAGACCGCUAUCUAGCGAAUCGUGUCGUUCCGGGUACACGAUGUUCAGUAAUGGGUGUCUUUUCUAUCUACCAGCAGAAGGGCUCGAGGCGUGCAGGCAACGCCGCAGUAGCCAUUCGCAACCCAUACAUACGUGCUGUCGGUAUACAUGCUGAGGUGGACCACGGCAGCAAAGGCAACGCCGUAUUUACUGAGGAGGAAGAGCAAGAAUUCCUGGAGAUGAGCAGGAGGCCCGACAUCUACGAAGUCUUCGCGCGCUGCAUCGCACCCUCUAUCUACGGAAACCAAGACAUCAAGAAGGCUAUCGCUUGCUUACUAAUGGGUGGCGCAAAGAAGAUCCUGCCGGACGGGAUGAAGCUACGUGGAGACAUCAAUGUACUCCUCUUGGGUGAUCCCGGUACCGCCAAAUCGCAACUCUUGAAAUUCGUUGAGAAAGUGUCACCCAUCGCCAUCUAUACCUCCGGAAAAGGAUCUUCGGCAGCUGGUUUGACAGCGUCUGUGCAGCGCGACCACAACACACGAGAGUUCUACCUCGAAGGUGGUGCUAUGGUUCUGGCCGACGGCGGUGUGGUAUGCAUUGACGAGUUUGACAAAAUGCGUGACGAAGACCGAGUAGCCAUCCACGAAGCCAUGGAGCAACAAACUAUUUCCAUCGCCAAAGCAGGUAUUACCACAAUCCUUAACUCGCGAACAUCUGUACUAGCGGCUGCCAACCCAAUUUUUGGUCGUUACGACGACAUGAAGACACCCGGCGAGAACAUCGACUUUCAGACUACCAUCUUGUCGCGUUUCGACAUGAUCUUUAUUGUGCGCGAUGAACACGAUCGCGGCCGUGACGAGCGAAUAGCAAAGCACGUCAUGGGUAUCGCAAUGGGUGGCCGAGGCGUGGAAGAGACCGUUCAAGCCGAGAUUCCAAUCGAGAAGAUGAAGCGCUACAUCACAUACUGUCGACAAAAGUGCGCUCCGCGUCUGUCGCCUGAGGCCGCGGAGAAGCUUUCCAGUCACUUCGUCAGCAUCAGGCAACAAGUGCACGCUUCGGAGAUCAACGCAAACCAAAGAUCCAGUAUCCCGAUUACUGUUCGUCAACUAGAAGCCAUUAUCCGUAUCACCGAGUCACUGGCCAAGUUAUCGCUUUCGCCUAUCGCUGACGAGUCGCACGUCGAUGAGGCCAUUCGUCUCUUCCUUGCAUCUACUAUGGACGCAGUGAACCAGGGCGAAGGCCAGAGCUCAAAGGAGCUCAUGGACGAAGUCAAUAAAGUCGAAGAGGAACUCCGAAGACGUAUGCCUAUUGGCUGGCAAGUGAAUUUGUCGACGCUCAAGCGUGAGAUGGUCGAUGGCAAGGGCUACUCGGAACAAGCGCUCGCUCGCGCACUUCACGUUAUGAACGCCCGCGAGACGAUCAGAUGGAGACAUGGUGGCAGUGUAGUGUUUAGGGCAAGCGCAUAAACUAUGGGCUGAAUAUAAAUGGGCACAACGGCGUCUAGCGUUGAUGGUGUUUGCAUAUGCGCUGCAGGUGCUUUGAGCGUGAAUUUGGGCGGAUAGGUACGCCGAUACUGUUUCGUGAUGAGAUACACUGGAACGUUCACGAUGGAGAGCUGCAUCGCUGCAUCUUCUUAGCAAUGUAAUCUUGUAUUCACUCCUCAUAAGAAAAGUUCCCUCUCACAGUCUGCUGUGUAUGAUAGUGUCAGUGUUGCAAUACGCUCUUAUGCCGGUGUGCAGCGGCCAUCCUCCACAACGAGAGGCCACAGAUGCCGCGACUACCAUCCGUACCUUCCCAGCUCCUGCCUGUUCUCUCUCUCGGCCUGAACAAACGGCGGAG